AUGGGCUUUUUUACUACUACACAUACGCCAAAUGGAUAUACCUAUACGGCUGGUUCCUCGCGUGCAAGUUCCGUAGUAGGGACGGCGGCCGGACCAGCGGGAAAUGAAGAAGAUUCGAGACUCGGCCAUAUGCGCAAUUCCUCGACGACUUCUGUUGCCCCCGCGCCACCUCUAGAUGACCUAAACACGGCAUCUCUAGAGGCCCUCCAAGAUGACGGCCAACGCAAAAUUCUCGACGUAGUGGAUAACCUCAAGAGAAUCGGUUUGAGCAAUGUAUUGAGUCUUCCUCAGCUCGUGGUCUGCGGAGACCAAUCGUCGGGGAAAUCGUCUGUACUGGAAGCGAUAACCGAGAUUCCGUUCCCCAGAAAAGAAAACUUAUGCACGCGGUUCGCUACGGAAAUUAUUCUGAGGCGGAGUGACACACUCAAAGUUACUACCACCAUUAACCCUCACCAUGAAAGGACGGAAGGCGAGCAAGCGGCCCUCAGGAGGUUUUCCAGGACCAUUUCGGACUUUCGACAAUUGCCAAGUCUCAUCGAACAGGCCACGAUUCUUAUGGGACUCGAAAAAGGUCGAGCUUUCUCCAGAGAUGUCCUGAUUAUAGAAAUCAGUGGUCCGAAUAGACCACAGUUAACCCUAGUCGACCUCCCGGGCCUCAUCCAUGCCAAAAACAAAUCCCAAACCGAAGAAGACAUCAUCACAAUUCGAGAACUCGUGGACGAAUACAUAAAAAACGAACGAACUGUAAUCCUCGCCGUCAUCUCGGCCAAAAAUGAUUAUGCAAACCAAAUCAUCCUGGAGUACUGUCGAAAGGUCGACCCGAAGGGUAUCAGGACUCUCGGCAUCAUUACAAAACCCGAUAUGCUACGUCCAGGAUCGGAUAAUGAGAAAGCAUGGUUAGAUCUUGCUUGUAAUAAGGAUAUCAAAUUGGACUUGGGGUGGCAUAUUGUUAAGAACAGAGAGGAUGGGGAUAUGGCUAGUAGCUUUGAACAUAGGAAUGCUUCGGAAAGGACAUUCUUUUUCAAAGAGCCGUAUCGAAAACUUCCUCAUGAAAUGCUCGGAAUCGGGGCACUUCGACUUCGACUCAGUAAGCUCCUAAGGGACCACUUGAAGAAAGAGAUACCGGGACUUCAGCAGGAACUAAGCGAAGUCCUCACCAUAACCUACGAGGACUUGGAAAAACUCGGAGAAAGCAGAGCUACCUUCCAAGAGCAGAUAACAUAUUUAACAAAAACCGCCAUGUCGGUUCAAGCCCUCACCGAGGCAGCAAUACAAGGCCGAUACGAUAACUCCUUCUUCAGCAUUGAGGACUCCGAAAUCUCACCGGAGAACAAUACCGCCAGACUCCGCGCCAACGUCCAAUACUACAACGGAGAAUUCUCAAGAAACAUGCAACGGUACGGCCGGAAAACAAUGAUAGUAGAAGAACAAAGACUCGACCCCGGAGAAUUCGAGGUCGAACCUCGGGUCGAAAAGGAACUCGUCGCCUGGGCUCAAACUGUCGAUCAAAACACCGACAACGACGUGCGGCAGCACGAACCCUCUCUCCCCAAGAAAGUUUCAAGAGACCAAGCGAUCGAUCAUGCCAUCCAAGUCAUGAAGCUUUCCCGAGGAAGAGAGCUACCAGGAAGCUUCAACCCACAAGUCAUUGGCCAACUGUUCCGAGAACAAUCGGAACCUUGGAGGUUAAUUGCCUUACUACACCUGGACGCCAUCGCUACUACAUGCAGCGUCUUUGUCGAUAUGGUUCUCGACCGUUGCACCGCCCCAGACCUAAAGAAACGUCUAUGGGCAUCAAAAGUUGAAAGAUCCUUAAAGGACGCUGCCCUAUCUGCAAAAAUGGAACUGCAAAGAAUCCUGGACGACAAGGACCGUCAUCCGAUUACAUAUAGCUACACCUAUGCCGCAAAUGUCCAAAGAAAUCGAAAUAUCAGAAUACAACAGCGGAUAAAGGAAGGGUUUAAAGAUGAUUAUGUUACACCCGCGGCAGACAUGGAUCGGGCUGCCGCCGAGGAGGCUUUCGAUUCCGAAAGGGCCUACUAUCGGGAUGAGAUGAAGUACUUCAUCAACGUCGUCACAAAACAAGUGAUCGAAAGACACUUGAUGAUAACUCUCCCAACCCAAAUCAUCUCACCGAUGGAUAUCGCCCUAAUGACAGAAGAAGAAAUUGAGUUCCUUGCCGGUGAACCACAGGAUAUCCGAGAGCGCAGGAAAUUCUUGGAGGAUAGAAGAGCUCUAUUGGAGAAUGGCUUGGAAACUUUUAGGUUCGCGCUUGCAAGGUAG